AAAAUGGGGGAGAAUUCCCGCUUUAGGGUGCUCUUAUGGGGGAGAUUUUUUUUUAUUUGAUGGGGGAGUUAGGGUAUUUCUUUUAGACAUAUUUUAAACUACCAGGAAUCAGGAAACACAUGACUUAAGGAAAAAAGAAAGUGAAAGUGUAGUUGAGCUGUUGUGUGGUUUGUCUCUGUAUUCAUGCAGUAAAAUGGCAGAAGCCAGAUUUUCUCAGGAUGAGCUCUUGUGCCCCGUGUGUCUGGAUCUCCUGAAGUAUCCAGUAACCAUCCAGUGUGGACACAGUUACUGUGAGAACUGUAUUACAGACCGCUGGGAUCAGGAGGAUCAGAUGAGAGUCUACAGCUGCCCUAUGUGCAGACAGACCUUCAGUCCAAGACCUGCUUUAGCUAGGAACACCAUGCUGGCUGAACUGGUGGAGAAACUGAAGAAGAGGAAACGUCCUACUGACUGUUACGCUGGAGCUGGAGAUGUGCAGUGUGACGUCUGUACUGGAAGAAAAUACAAAGCCGUCAAGUCCUGUCUGGUGUGUCAGGAAUCUUACUGUCAAACUCAUUUUGGCCAUCAUGAGGAAUUUCAUUCACGUAAGCCACACAAAGUGAUUGAUGCCACUGGACGACUGCAGGAGAUGAUCUGCCAGAAACAUGAGAAACAUCUGGAAAUGUACUGUAUUACUGACCAGCUAUGCAUUUGUGAGCUGUGUACAAAAUACGAGCAUAAAAACCACAACACUGUAUCAGCCGCAGCCCAGAGGACAGAGAAACAGAAGCAGCUGAAGAAGAUGCAGAAGACAUUCCAGCAGAGAGUGAAAGAUCUUCAGCAGCUGAGAGAGACUGUGGAGUCUCAUAAGCGCUCUGCACAGACAGCAGUGGAGGACAGUGAGAGGAUCUUUACUGAGCUCAUCCGCUCUACUGAGAGACGCUGCUCUGAGCUGGUACGGCUCCUGAUUCCUGAUAUCAGAGAUCAGAAAAAGACUGCAGUGAGUCGAGCUGAACGACGACUGAAGCAAAUGGAGCAGGAGAUCAAUGAUCUGAGGAGGAGAGACGCUGAGCUGGAGCAGCUUUCACACACACAUCACAUCCAGUUCCUGCAGAGUAGGUAUCCAGGGUGGAUCCAGCAGAACACGAAGUUAGGAGUAGCCAGCAGAGCAGGAAGACAGGGCAGAGCCGGCAGAGCAGGACGAGCCGAAGACCACCAGGACAGAGCAGGCAAAGCUGAAGACCAAAAGGGUCGAGCUUGUGGAGCUGAUGGUGCUGAGGACCACUUCAGUGGAGCUGAUGGUGCAGGAAACCACCACGGCAGAUCAGUUGAGACUGGAAUAGAGAGCACAGAGAGGUUAACAACUGCCUCUGUGGCUGUAAUAAGACAGACAGACAGUUCAGAGACGGCAUCUUUAGCCAUAACAGGGCAAGCAGAGAGUUCUGGAAUGGCCUCCUUGGUCGUGACAGGACAGGUUGAGAGUUCAGAAGUGGGCGCCACUGCCCAGAGAGGAGCUGAAGUAGACACCACAGACUCGGGAGGUUUUGCAGCAGAUGUCGCCAUCUCAGGAGGAGCUGGAGCAAACUCUCAGACUAAUGCCCCCAAAAAAAUAUUUAGGGGAAACAUCUUCCUCAAAAGCCCGACACGCUCUGCACAGACAGCAGUCGAGGACAGCGAGAGGAUCUCUACUGAGCUCAUCUGCUCCAUUGAGAGAAGCUGCUCUGAGCUGGAAACACGUGACUUAAGGGAAAAAGAAAGUGAAAGUGUAGUUGCGCUGUUGUGUGUUGUGUCUCUGUAUUCAUGCCGUAAAAUGGCUGAUGCCAUAUUUUCUCAGGAUGAGCUCUCGUGUACAGUGUGUCAGGAUCUCGUGGAGGAUCCAGUGACCAUCCAGUGUGGACACAGUUACUGUGAGAACUGUAUUACAGACCGCUGGGAUCAGGAAGAUCAGAUGAGAGUCUACAGCUGCCCUCAGUGCAGAGAGACCUUCAGUCCAAGACCUGCUUUAGCUAGAAACACCAUCCUGGCUGAACUGGUGGAGAAACUGAAGAAGAGGAAACGUCCUGCUGACUGUGACGCUGGAGCUGGAGAUGUGCAGUGUGACGUCUGUACUGGAAGAAAAUACAAAGCCGUCAAGUCCUGUCUGAUGUGUCAAGAAUCUUACUGUCAAACUCAUUUUGACCAUCAUGAGGAAUUUCAUUCACGUAAGCCACACAAAGUGAUUGAUGCCACUGGACGACUGCAGGAGAUGAUCUGCCAGAAACAUGAGAAACAUCUGGAAAUGUACUGUAUUACUGACCAGCAAUGCAUUUGUGAGCUGUGUACAAAAUACGAGCAUAAAAACCACAACACUGUAUCAGCCGCAGCAAAGAGGACAGAGAAACAGAAGCAGCUGAAGAAGAUGCAGAAGACGUCCCAGCAGAGAGAAAAAGAUCUUCAGCAGCUGAGAGAGACUGUGGAGUCUCAUAAGCGCUCUGCACAGACAGCAGUGGAGGACAGUGAGAGGAUCUUUACUGAGCUCAUCGACUCCACUGAGAGACGCUGUUCUGAGCUGAUACGGCUCCUGAUUCUUGAUAUAAGAGAUCAGAAAAAGGCUGCAGUGAGUCGAGCUGAAGGACGAAUGAAGCAAAUGGAGCAGGAGAUCAAUGAUCUGAGGAGGAGAGACGCUGAGCUGGAGCAGCUUUCACACACACAUCACAUCCAGUUCCUGCAGAGUUUCCAGUCUCUCUCAGCUCCUCCUGAAUCUACAGACGUAAAUGAAGAUCCCUUCAGUUCUUUCAUCUCUUCUGAUGGUCUGAGAGAAUCUGUCCAUCAGCUGAGAGACAAACUGGAGGAUUUCUGCAAAGAGGAGCUCAAGAAGAUCUCAGACAGAGUCACAGUCACCAACAUUGUUCCCAGAACCAGGAAGGACUUCCUACAAUAUUCCCGUCAGCUCACUCUGGAUCUGAACACAGCAUAUAAACGCCUCCGUCUGUCUGAAAGCAACAGAGUGAUUACUGGCAGUAGCAAAGUCCUGUCGUAUCCUGAUCAUCCAGACAGAUUUGAUGAGUGGUCUCAGGUGUUGUGUAGAGAGAGUGUGUGUGGACGCUGUUACUGGGAGCUGGAGUGGAGUGGACAUGAAUAUGGUGUGCGUAUAUCAGUGUCAUAUAAGAGCAUCAACAGGAAGGGACGGGGUCGUGAGUGUCUGUUUGGAUAUAAUGAUCAGUCCUGGGGUUUAAACUGCACUCCCCCAAGGUACUCAUUCACACACAAUAAGAUAGUGACUGAUCUCCCUGUAAAGUCCAUCAGCAGUAGAAUAGGAGUGUUUGUGGAUCACAGUGCAGGAACUUUGUCCUUCUACAGCGUCUCUGACACAAUGAGCCUCAUCCACAAAGUCCAGACCACAUUCACUCAGCCACUCUAUCCUGGGUUUAGGGUUUCUAGGGGAGCAUCAGUGAGACUGUGUUGAUGAAUCAGAAUUGAUUGACGAGAGAUUCUACCCAUAAUACUUUGAGCUUCAUGAUAAAUCAGGAACAGUGAGAUGUUAUACACUGUAAAAUCUAAUUAGUUAGGCUUACUUUAAAAAAACAACAACAUGCAAACCAACUGACGAAAUAAAAUAGGAAUAUUAUGUUAUUAUGUAUAUGUAUACUGACAAAUGCUUAGUAUAAUUCACUUACACAAGAGUUCUAGUAACUAAAAAAGAACUGUAGAAAGUACUUUAUAAUUUACUUUAUAUUUACUCUUGACUCAGUACAGAUAUUUAGAAUUACUGCAUUAUGGCAUGAAUAAAUUAUGCAAUUGCUUUGUUUUACUUUUUGUUUUGUUUUUUUGCUGCCAAUUUUAUUUGCUGUUUUGUGUCAGUAGUAGCACAACAAAGAGCAAAAACAAAUAGUUAUUGUUACAAUAAAAAAGAAUAAAAUGUAAUUGCUACUAUUGUUGUGUUUUGCAUGCUGAAUGUUGACGUCUGUGUGUGACUCAAGCGGGGUCGAUUGCAAGAUAUUGUCAUAAAUAUUGAAGGAUUACAUUAACCUAAUUAAAAGUUUAACAAGGUGUUCAUGACAAAUGUUACAAUACUUAAAAUUGUAAAAGUGUGAAAGAACACCUAUUUAAAACAACCGAUUUAUUAUUUAUCUUUGUGUGAAACCAAAUAACUGAUUUCAUGUUGCAUCACUGUAUGAAUAGGAAGAGAAUUACAAUAAUAUAAUUAAAGUUCCAAGUACCCAACCAAAGGGAACACUAAUCACCAUGAUGGCGAGUUCAAUCACAAGCAUUUUAAGAAAAUCAACAUUAAUUUGUGGAGUCACCUUAUGUGAUGUUGUCUCAAAUUUUUUAGUUGCAUUGACAAUUCAACAAUCAAGAUGACUUUAGGAAAUGAGUGAAUGCAACUAGAGAAAGAUUACUGCAGAAGUGGAGGAAAUGCGUGAAAAGUCUAUUAAGAAUUGUGCCGCCUCAAUUUUUUUUCUUGACAAAAUGGCAAAAAAAG